AUGCCCACAAAACAAUUUCAAAAUCCUCGAAUUUUAAUCUCUAGAAUAAUGUCUGUAACAUUACACACCGAUCUUGGUGAUCUCAAAAUAGAAGUAUUUUGCGAAGCUGUUCCAAAGACGGCCGAGAAUUUUCUUGCACUAUGUGCCAGUGGAUAUUACGAUAAUAAUCUAUUUCAUAGAAACAUAAAAGGCUUUAUAGUCCAGACGGGGGAUCCCACAGGAACAGGGAGAGGCGGAAACUCUAUUUGGGGAAGGAGAUUUCCCGAUGAGAUCAAGUCAUCUCUUAAGGUUGGCAGUGAGUUAUGGAUGGCGAUGGGUGCGAUUAGACACAACGUUAGAGGGAUAGUAUCCAUGGCUAAUAGCGGUCCCGAUACAAACGGGUCGCAGUUCUUUAUAACUUAUGCCAAGUUGCCUCAUUUAGAUACCAAAUAUACGGUUUUUGGAAAAGUGAUAGAUGGCGCUGAUUCGACGUUGGACGCGAUCGAAAAAGUCCCUAAUAAAGUCGCCGGUGGUGAUGUGGACCAAUAUAUCACGUUGGAAAAAAAUAAUUUCUCGAUCAUGCUGUAUGAACUUUGCUUACUUGCCGUUGGGUGGGUGCUUUUAGGCAUUCUGUCUUAA